UUUACUUUGAAAGUCAAAUACAGGAUGCUUUGCCCUUGUCACAGAGUUUUGACAGGUCACUGUUGGAUGAUAUGAUAAGCAUCGUGGAGACGAACGGUGUGCUUUUUUGUUGUUGCUGUCAUUCCUAAAAAAAAAACCAAUACUCCCGUUUUCCAGAAAGUUUGAAGAGAAAACAAACAAACACGAAGAACAUGAGAGCAGAAAUGGAGGGGGCUGUGGAUGGAGACCGCGCCACAAGCGAAAGACGACCUAGUAUUUUGCUGCUUCAAAACAUGCUGAGAAAAGCUUCGCAAAGUUCACUCGACAAUGAAUACCAGACUCUCGUUUCAUCGCCCUCUGAAUUAAGCGUUUCACCUGUGGGCGGUUGGAGAAGCAAACAGAACGCCUUUAAGACAGAGAACAAUCAGCCGGUGCCUGCUUCAGUUGAGAUCAAAGAAUCUACUUUGUUCGCGCGAAGCUCUCAGAAUGUGGCCAGCAGCAACCCUUUUUAUUCGUAUUACAUGGAAUCUGAGAACAAGUACAAACAAGAUCAAGACAGCAUCUUUGUCCCUCAGCCCCAAUUCCAGAGUUCUCCUCUGGAAAAUGAAGCCACAAUGUCUGACCCUCAUAAGGACUUCAUUCAGGCUUUCAGCCUAAACCACGUGCAGGACAGCUUUCCAACAUCCCAAAGUGUGUCUUCAAGCGGCCAUUAUCACGGCGCCAACCACAACUCGGUAGAUACCUACACGAAGAACCUUCCUGAGAACCUCUACAAGGACUCAAAUUCAUACAGCUCAAACAUGCAGGAUCUUUUCCAAAAUUCCAGAGAAGAUGAGAAAGUCUUGGCUAAAUAUCCCAGCACUUUAGCAAAUCCGUCCCCUGACAAGGAUCUCUUCACCUCCUCAAAGGAUCCAGUGUUGAACCUGUUUUAUUCUGCCUCCACCAAGUUUCAAACAAACGGAGGAGGAUUCUCUCAUAAUAACAAACUUGCUGAUUCUGGAUUAUCUGGGUCAGAUCUGGAUGCAUUCUCCCCUUUCUCCACUGCAGAGCCAUUCCCCAGCCCGCUAGUAAAGAAUUUAUUUGGAGAUGGUGGCAAUGCCAGCAACUCAUUUGGUGCAAAGCCAUUUGAUAGCAAGGACAAUUUUAGGUCGUCACCCCUGGUCCAAUCAAAUUAUUCUGACGCACAGCACGAGAUUGUGCUCACCACUCCACAGGGAAGCAAGCACGGAAUCCUCCACCCGACCCCCUUCAAUCAGGCCCAGAAACUGAUGGGGUCGCCGGAUUCUUCUCCGACUGAGUCAGAGCACGUGCAAUUCUCUAGGCGUCCACCAAAGCCACUGCCUCGUUCCAAACCUUCCAGGCCACCCAAGCCAGCAUACUCUGUGGAGCCUGAUGCAGCUGUGCCUCCGAAACCUCCUCCAAGACCGUUUAAACCGCUACCCAAGCUGCCCAUUCACCUCAAAACCGAUGCGGAUGACAACAAAGCAGCUGAGUCGGACGACCACCCCGUCUUUGAGGACAUUUUUCUGAUGGGACAGGAGAGGUGUGUAGAAGACUGGCCAGAGGACAGUCCUCAGCUGGACCCCGACUUCAAACCAUCCGGGAAGUUUAAACUCCGCCGUGAAUCCCUAAGAGUGAAUAUGGACCAUGAGAUAGCAGAAAGAGGCAGUGGAGAAGAUCAGGAUGAUUAUGGAACUCAGGGCAAGAAAAAGGGGAGGAAGUUCUCCCUGAUGUCCAGAAGAGGCUCAAAGGACACAUUUCCUGGUGACAACAGGAGCUUCACUUUACCUACACAAAGUAAAUCAUCACAGGACUAUUUUUACGACAUGUACUCAUCACCAGUUGAGAAAGAAGAUGGAGUGCAAAGUUGGUCGGACACAAAAAAGGACCCUCUGAAGAACAAAGUCAACCAGCUGCUGAGGCGUGCGUCCACCAGUCUCAUCAACAAACAAUCGACUGCUGAAAGCAAGGACGAUGACUUCAUUAAGAAAAAGAUGCAAAUGGAAGAGCCCACCAACACAUGGCACUCUCAGGAGGCCAUGUUGGACGACAGCAUGAAUGUGGAAGAGAAAGUUGGACAAUGGGAGAGUGACGGCUACACCAGUAAUGGCAAAAAGAAGAAGAAGUUCAAGUUAAUCUCAAAGAAAAAUGUUCCUGGGGAGCAGUCCAAGGGGGCAUAUGGAUUCUCCAAUCGCACAGACUCAAAUCAGUAUAUAUUUGAGGAUGAGGACAGGUUAAGGAGCCCUCAUUCCACCAGACAGGGCGGGCUCGUAGACAUGAAUGCUUUUUCUGCAAGCAUGCCCACCGGAUUGAAUGACCAAGAACUCUACUGGCCUGAGGACUACAAAACUCAGAAGAAAUCCAUAAAGAAGAAAUUGCUGCACUUGGCUCGCCACAGCUCCAAGGAGGACAUGCUGAACACCAACAAGCAGUAUUAUGAAGAGCUGAACUCAGACGACUCCAAGCCGAAAAAAAACAAAUUCAAGGCUUCGGUCCCUCCUCCGGUUCAGUUUCGCAAACAAAAGCCGAUUCACAGUUUACCUGAACUGGAGGAACCAGGCGCAUACAGCCAUGCUUCUUCCGCAGAGGCGUCUUAUUUGGACCACUGGCCUGGCGAGGAUGAUGUCAUGCGGAGUGGAAACCCACGCUGGAGUACCAAAGUGGACUACAACUACGAAGUGGAUGAACUGGCAAUCUGCAAACUGAAAAAGUCAAAGCGUAAAAGCUUAUUGAAGCACAAAUCGAAGAACAAAGAGUGGGAUGACGCCAGCGAGGAUUUAGCAGCCCUGUCAGAGGCGGCCCAUGCUGAAAUGCUGGCGGCUCAGAGGGACAUAGCGAACAGUGUGGAAGACACUGAGGGUGACGGGGACACGGACAGCUUGAUGGAAUGGUGGAACACAGUGGAACAAUGGGAUGAGCUUCCAUCAGACGAAGAGGAAAAAAACGAUGAUUCCACAUCCUUCAGUAUCUUGGCGAACAAGGUUCAGCGAGGCCUGCGCGUCUUCAACAAAAUCUUCAUGGAGCGUGCCGAGGUUUUGUGGCAGCAUAUCAUCAGGCUGCACGCCCUGGCCGAUGACAUCAUCAUCUUCCACCAGAAAGCCAAGGCGGCAGGCAUCACCGGCGGCACCACGGCGGCCGUCGGUGGCGUGACAGCCAUCGCUGGCCUGGCCUUGGCACCUUUCACGUUUGGCGCCUCCCUCAUUAUCACGGCUGUCGGUGUAGGUGUCGCUACCGCUGGAGGGAUCACCACGGCCUCGGCGACCAUUUCGGAUAAUGUCAACAACAUGCAUGAGCGCAAGAAGGUGGAGGCGGUGCUGCAGGAGUACGAUCUUCACUUUCAGGACGUGGCCAAGGUCCUUAACUUCGUCAAUCACGGCAUCUACAAACUGCGCGGGCAUCCUUUCCUUCGGUCCGGCACACAGCACUACUCCGAGGACUGGGAGGUGCGCAAGGCAGUGCAGAUGAUCAGCCUGGUGGACUCGCCCGUCAUGCGAGCUUCACAGGUCACCGAGACCAACUUGGCCUUAGUCCAAAGAUUUCACAGCAGCAUUGACAAGUAUUUCCUCAAGGAAUCGCGGGAGCUGAAGAGAAGCUAUAGGAAGGAGUUUGUGGCUCAGAUAAAGGAGGUUGCCAAUGUGCUCAAUGAUGGAGUGGUGGAGCUCAACGCCAUCAGGGAGGAGUUACAGAGCGCAGUUGGGAACAUUUAAAUGUUGAGGAACAGCUGCCCCUUGUGGAGGAGAUAUGCAAGUGUUUUAGGAGAGGACCAAAUAUUGUAUUACUGUAUCACUGAAAGAAAUACACCUUUGGCAACCAUUUGCUUAGUUAGCAUGUCUGCUUUGCAGUCAGGAGAUGUGGGUUCAAGUAUCGACGUAGACUUUGCAUUUUCUCCAAGUGCUUGUUUGAGGUUUUUUUUAAGGUUUUUACGGCUUUGGUACCAACCAGUCCAGAAUAUAACCUGCCUUUUGCCUGAAUUAAGCUGGAUAGGCUGCAGCUCAUAUUCGUGGCCCCAAUAAGGACAAUCCGUAUUGAAAAUGGAUCAAUAUUAAUACUUUUUUUUAAUAAUAUGAAAAUCGUUCUUCUUAUUGUAGUUUGUCGGUGUAUUCAAAUGUAAGGCAUUUACACUUUUUAAAAAAGCACUUUUUUGUGUGUGGGUUAAAUGGUGUGGCUUCCACCGGAGUGUGGCUUUAAAUUUUUCACUGUAGUUCAAACAAUAAUGGCACCAUGCAAUCCACGCAAACUACAAUUUAAUGAUUUAACUGAGGAACAGCAGUAUAUAUAUACAACAUUUUCAUAUUACAACAUUAUAGUAUUAUUCCAGUCACUUUCUGGUGUAUGCAUAAGGCGUUGUUUUUAUAUUACUAACAUGCACAGUAUUUGAAAUGAUUGCAUAUUAAAACACAAUGUUGUAUUGCAGAUACAUGUAUAUACAUUGUCAUAGCAUUUUAUAUGUGAAUGUUUUAAAAAUGUAUGUUUCUAAAUUUGGAAAUGUUUUACUGUAAAAGUAAAUGAUGAAAUAAAGAUAGUUUCUCACCUCACAUUUAAUG